ACUUCCAGCGGGCUGCUAUCUCAAGAUGUCCUUUCAAGAUGUUUUGAAAAGAGGUGACGAGUUUCUUUCGGAGUAUCCAAGAACCUCUGUUUUUUGGAAUUAUGCUUCUCAUGCAACGUGCUUAGCGAUGAUUUUAAAUUCAAAAUUACUAUUGAAUGUAUUAUAUAAACCAAGAUUACAUAACAUUGAAAAAUUAGAUGCUGCUUUGGAAAAAGCCAGACUGGAGAACAGAUCCUUAUUAACUGUUAUGAAUCAUAUGUCAGUGGUUGAUGAUCCAACUUUUUAUGCUGCAUUACCAAUGAGAUUUCAUACCGAUAUAGAUACUAUAAGAUGGGGGUUCGGAGCACACAACAUUUGUUUUUCAACUCCUACAUUAUCAUGGUUCUUCAAUUUAGGUAAAAUAUUGGGUACUAAACGUUUUGGUGCUGGUCCAUUUCAAGGUUCUAUUGAUGCUGCAAUUAGAAUAUUGAGUCCUGAUGAUACUUUGGAUUUAGAAUUUACUCCAGGAGUGAAAGAUGAAGAAAAACCAAAUUUGAUUCAAGAAAUUAAUAAAAUCGGUAAUGUUUCAACUAAAACCCAACAAUUAGUUAAAACAGUUAAACCUUCCCCCGAAUCAACCAAUAUUUUAAUGUCAAAAUCACCUUUCAUUCGUAAUAAAACUUCUUGGUUUCAUGUUUUCCCAGAAGGUUUCGUAUUACAGUUACAAGAACCUCAUCAAAAUUCAAUGCGUUACUUUAAAUGGGGGAUCUCUCGUUUGAUCUUAGAAAGUACAAGAGCUCCAGUAGUGGUUCCAAUUUUCACUUUUGGUUUUGAAAAAAUUGCUCCCGAAGAUAGUGCCGAUAAAGGUAUAAAUAGAUGGUUACCGGCAAAUUUAGGCGCAGAAAUUCAUAUUAGUAUUGGUGAUGCAUUCUCCGAUGAACGAAUCGAACAUUAUAGACAAAAAUGGAGAGACUUGUGUAAGAAAUAUAUCGAUCCAAAAAAUCCAUCUGAGCUUACCAAAGAAUUAAUGCUGGGUAAAAAAGCCACCGAAUUGAGAUCGGACUUGGCUGCUGAAUUAAGACAAGCAGUCUUGAAUAUUAGAGAAAGUCUAGGUAUUUUCAAACCAGAAGACCCUCGUUUUAAAGACCCUAAAUUUUGGAAGGAAUACACUAGAACUGAAGGUAUGAGUGAUCCAAAUGUUAAAUUUAUUGGUAAAAAUUGGGCAAUUAGAAGAUUGCAAAAACAUUUACCUGAAUUCAGCGAAGAUGAAUCAGAAAAAGUAUAUAAAUUCAAAAAACCAAACCAACCAAAUCAGAAGAAGCCUAUAAUAAUAGUAGAAGAACCAGAUAUAGAAACUAAUAGCAAAACGAGUCGAAUACUAUCGGACCUCAAUCAUUACUCUAAAACCACAGAAAUUCCAAAGAAACUUCGAAGAUCAAUUUUAACCAGUAAAUUCAAUGACUUUGUCCAUAAUACGCCAAUUUUUAAAGUUGAUGAUGGUAGUAUACAGAUUUUGAACAGUGCUUUUUUAGAAUUGUUUAAACUCAAUGAUAACACGUUUCUAAAUGGAGAAGGUCAUUAUUCUGGGCCCGUGGACUUUGAAACUUUAAUGCAGCUAUUUGAAAAAUCAAGUUUGGCAUUAAUAUCCUCCCUGGAUAAUAGCAACAACAUCAACAUGCCAGCAUAUAUGUCAAGUAUUGUUCAAUUCUUAGUAAAAUCGGAUAUACCGAAUGUUCCUGUCAAAGCCUUAGUAUAUGUGGUUGAUCUCGCAGUAGCUGUUAGGCCAAAUUAUUUCUUGGAUACCUUAAACCUUCUUGUACAUAGUAAAUCCAACUUGUUGACUCCAGAAUUCAUGAACAGCUUAAUUGACUACUACGAGAAAAAAAAUGAAAUGAAUUUAGAAAAAUAUGAACAAAUAUUUGAAGUUUCAAACUUAAAUCAAGAGGCAAAGAUUCUAGAUGACUAUAUCUAUAAAAAAUUCAUACUGUAUAUUGAAAGUUUGUAUUCAGAUGAACCUCCGUCUGUUCACGAAUAUAAGGAUCCCGAAAGGAACCUCUAUAGAAUACAAAGUUUAAUUACAACCAAGCUAACCCCAUCCCUUCUGUUAGACAGAUUCUCCCCGAGCAUCUUGAUCCACUUAUCUAAAUUAAGCUAUGAACUUGAUUCCGUCUUUCCUAAUCAAGAGCUCAAACUGUUCAUCAUAGAAAUAUUCAAAUGCUUGACAAGUCAACCUCCAGAAAAGCUCAAUCUUAUAUUUGAAGAAGUCCGCAGAGAAUUAUUCAAGCAAGACUUCGAAGAUGAGUCGUUAGUUGAAAAUCUUCUCUUACUAUCACAUUCUAAGUAUGUGGAAAGUGCCUUAUUACAACAGAUGUUGUUUGAAUUCAUCGAAUCAAACGACGUCAAAUUCUCGCCAAUGUUAAGAUUUCAAAAUCAUAUAUACAACUUGUACCAAAAUAACUUUACACAGUCUGAGAGUGAAAUUUUCGAUGUAACAAAACAAGAAGUUGAAUCCUUCAUUGAAUCUCAAAAUAACACCGAGAAUGAACUCUAUUACAAUGACAUAUACACCAGAUGUAUUCAGUCGGCUAUGGUUUCUGGUAAAAUUGAACCAAGAGGAUAUUUUACACAAACCCUCACCAAUUAUUUCAAAGACAAUUAUCAUUUUGAAGUUACUUUAUAUUCAUACAAGUAUAGACUUGACAAAGCCAUCGAAGCUGAAAAUCAUGUUUCCGCAGUAAAUAUAUUUGAAGAUAGUAUGCAAGAAUUUGUUGAUUGGUCUCAUAGCCAGGAUCCUUCAGUGCAUGCUACAUUAAGUUCAUUAGCCACUUUAAUCUGUCAAAAAAUGAAUCAUAUAAAUGACAUAUUUCCAAUCUUCACAAAAAUCAAACAACAAUCAUCAUGGCAAAGUCAAGCCCCUACCAUCUGUGCAUUAGCAACAAGAAUGUUAGAAGCUGAGUACGUUGGUGAUACGAUUGAAAUGUUGAAAAGAGAAUUACCUCCUAUUAAAAGUGAAAGUAACCUCAAAUUACCUCUUAAUGAACCUUAUGGCCAAGAAUAUCGUAAGUUAUUUACUAUUUUACAUAACUUCGUUCUAAAUUAUACAAAUGAAACAACUCAUGAAACUAAUUGGGCACUUUAUUGCGAACUUCAUAAAUACUUCCAUGCACCUUACGAAUCGUAUUUACCUGCAAUGAAGUUCUUUUGUGACAAGGACAGAAUGAAUGCCUCAUUACUUAUAUUUCGUCAAAUAAAAAGACUUAGUGAAUUACACGGGAAUCACCAACAUUUACCCCCUCUGAGAGAAAUGUACCUUUAUUUAUUCCAACAAUUUGGGGACAAGCUAUAUGAAGAAGGUAUACUUGAAAUUCAUGAACAUCUAAAAAUGGACAUAAGUUUACCAAAGCAAGAUAUUUAUUUACAGAAUUGUAUUCUUAAUGCUUAUUCUAAUUUGCAAGAUGUACCAAAAGUCAGAGACUUGUUUCUUUCUAUGAUAAGUGAUCCUAAAAAGUUUGGAGGUAUUAAUGAAGAUACUGUUCAAAUCAUGAUAAAGACUUAUACCUAUAGUGACAUGAUGUACGUUGUUGAAUUUUGGAAUAAUUUAUCCAAAUUUGAUAUUGUUCCUAAUUAUCAAAUUUUCAAACAAUAUUUGAUUGCGCAUGUUUAUCACGGAAUGGCGGAGGAAGCUAUGUUAUUGACUGAGGAAAUGCAAGAUUAUGGAUUGGAACUUAGCUCAGAUACUCUAUUAGCCAUGCAUAAUUAUUGUUGGGAAACCGAUAAACAAAAAUUGAUAGUGGAUUGGGCAAAAGAGAAACAUCCAGCAGUAUGGGAUGAAGCUGUUAAAAGUCAGUUAUUGAAAGGAGCCACCAAUUAUGAACCUGUAAAUAGUCUAAUUGAAGGUGGUAAUAUAGAAUAAUUUGACAUUUAUUUAAUUUUAGUGGAAUUAACUUUUGUAGCAAAUCUUAGAGAAUUUAUACUUUCA